GGAACGAGAAAAUUACUAUUGUGCACGAAAACAAUAAAUGCUUAACAACUCUUAGAGCAUCUACUCAAGAUUGCUUGAAACGCAAAUCAUCCUUCCACCAGAGAAAAUGACUACCUCAGAUGAACCUCCAGUACCAGACAGCCCAGCAGAGGUGUCUAAAGCAUCCAUCCGAAAAGAAACUUGGACCAAACUGCAAGCAGAGGGCAUUACGACAAGUACUAAUAUCUUUCUAAAUCGAAUUCCAAACUUCAAAGGAAUUGAAGAUGCUGCUCAGCGCUUUUCUGAAACUGAAGAAUUUCUGAAAGCCAAGUCAAUUGCUAUGAAUGCUGACAAGGCACAGGAAAAAAUUCAAUACCAUACAGUCCAAGCUAAGAAGACACUCAUGAUCCAGAUCCCCCUUCUCAUUCGCAAAGGGUAUGUCAAGUCAAUUAAAAUACCCGAUGAUCUUCCUGAAGAAGAAAUUCAAAAACUUACUUCUCGGGCUGCCAUUGGUGUCUAUGGGAAAACAGUUCAGCUCAGUGAAGACCGAAAAGUUGAUAUCGUUGUAAUGGGAUCAAUUGCUGUGUCAAAGCAAGGUCAAAGAAUAGGAAAGGGAGAAGGAUUUGCUGAUAUUGAGUAUGCAAUGAUGUUGAAGCUAGGAAUGCUCUCACCAGAAACUAUUGUUGUGACUACUGUUCACGAUAGCCAGGUUUACGACAGCUUACCUACUGAGCUCUUCAAGGAACAUGAUGUCUUUGUUGAUUUAAUUGUUACUCCAACCCAAGUGAUUCGUGUAACCCCAAAACCAGAUCGUUUUGAGAAAUACGGGCUCAAUUGGAGCCUUCUGUCAAGCCGUCGGCUGAGGAUCUUCCCGAUUUUGCGCCAACUUCGUGAGAAAGACGUCAGCGCCGGAGACACAUCUGAGCUCAAGGAGGACUCUGAUGUCGAGUAUCGGCCACGCCGCCGCAGGUUCCCACCCAAGAACUUCCGGCCGCGUCCUCGUUCGAGCACAGGUGGCGAGGGAGAUGUUGGCGACGAGCGAGAGGAGCGGACCCCGCGCCCGCGUCGGCCCCGUCGCCCCCGUCAGUCCAAGUCUGAGGGGGAGGAAGACGGUGCCCUGAGUGGAGGCGAGGGAACUCCACGCCGACCCCGCAGGCCCCGCAGAUUCACGGGCUCCCGCCCGGGAGAGCGCAAGGACACUGAGGGGGAGGGAGACGGACAGGACGGGGAGUUCAAGCCGCGCCGCCACCUGCGCGGACGGCCCCGUGCCCCAGUGGACUUCAGCCUGCGGGUGAGCAACAUUGCCUCGGACGUACGCGUCCGCGACCUGAAGAACGCCCUGGCCGAGUGCCAUGUGAGGCCAGUCAACAUCAAGUGGCGCGGACAGAACGGUUUCGCUCUCCUGCACUUCGCCAGGACGGGUGGUCAAGCAGGGGAUUCUCCCGCCAGCGUUGACAGCAUUAUGGCAGCUUUGCGUGACCUGAAAGUGUCUGCUGCGGAGGGUGAUGGCGUAAAUGUUGAGCCCAUGAAUGCUGUCACUCGAAUUGAGGUUACUGAUGAAAUAACAUCAGUAUAAACAUAGUGUGAUGUAGUUUGCAGUUCUUAAAGCUGCAAAUCAUAAAUUUCUUCCAGGCUUUUUUUUUUGUUUUGUUGUGUGGGGAGGGGGGGCUAAUUUCUUUUGACACAGUUGGCAGCACAUUUGUCCUACUUAGUUCAAAAUAUGUUUAUUAGGGAAGCCUUCCCUAGCACGUUUACUGUGCUUCUUUUUAUUUUGUGUCAGGUCACAUUGACAAUGCAGUGUUGCUUGCACUACAUAACCAUGGAUGUACAUUCAUAGUUUUUUCUGGCUGCUUGUAUAAUUUUUGUUUUGUUUGAUUUUCCAAAGAAGCUUGUACUUUUUUGUCAUUUAUUUUCUUUCUUUUUUUUGUGUUUUUGGCUGCCUAUCAGUUUAUUUUGAAUUAUAACUCUGACUUAAUUAAAUUCAGUGCCAUUUUCUCUUGUUAAUCCUGACAAAUGUAUGUAGAUACUUUUCUUUUUUUAAAGUUAUGGCACUGAGCAGAUUCUAAAUUUUGUUACAAGUUGUUUCAGUGAGCUUUCUCUGGGACACACUUAAGGCUGUUGAUGUUAUAGUACUUAUAGGGAGUUAAGAACAAGUACCUUUUGCUUUAUUCUUUGCUGUACUAAAUUAGUUGUAUGUGUUUUUGAAGUGUGUACUAACCCUUACCAUAUUCUUUACUUUAGUCUGUGAUUUUUUGUUCUUACCAAUCAUCUAAUCAGGCAAAAUGCCAUCAAAAAGUAUUUAUUUCAUAUUAAAGUAUUGGGUUCAAGUCAUACAAAUAUAUAUUAAGUAUUUGUAUCUGAUCAAGUUCACUUAUGAGGGUAAUCUUAGUUUCCCUCUCUUGGUCAACUUGCUUGUGCCCUGUAAGAGAUCUUUUCUAAAUAUUUAUUUGAAAAUUUAUAGUAUUUAUAUAAAAAAACAACAUGUUUGUCUUGUCUUGCUUGUUUUGAAAAGGACUAAUCUUUUAUUAAUAUGUAAUAGUAGUUUUGAUGAAAAUCAAGCUUAUAUUUUCUUGGGAAAAUAUUUAAGUAAAGCUUAUGUCAAAUAAUUUUCUUACAAAUGCAAGGUUUUAUUGGUUGACAUUCUACUACAUUUACAAUUAAAUCUGUGCAUUCAAUUUUGUCUUUUGUUAUAGUCUUCAAACUGAUGAUCUGUUCGCAAAUCAUUUAAAGACUCCCACUGAGGAGUGUGUUUGGUUUAACCUGAUUUUUGUUUUCUACUUAUUUCAUUUGUGUGCGUGUGUGUCUGAUUGUAAGGCUAGGGAGGCCAAGCAUAAUCAUUGGUUUGGUUUGGUUGUAAUAGUUACCUCUUAUAUUAUUCUGGCAGCUAUUCUUACAAUUCCGUUUUUCUGUUCACAUGGCACUUUUUGUAUGAAUGAUUGUGUGUGUGCAACAUUCCAUUCCAUUUUCCUCCUGUUACAUAGUACUUUGUCCUGAAACAUGGUCUGAGCAGAAAAGCAGCUCAUGUUAAAUGGUUGUUUCUUAAGAUUUGCCCAUCUCUUUUUGGUGCUCUUAACACAUUUGCGGACCUUGAUUUCUGUGUCGGUGAUUUGUGCUUGCUAAAACAUGUUACAGGCAGUGCAAUUUUCUAUCCCCAUUGUGUCAUGGCAUUUAAAAAUAGAAGAACCAAAUUGGCCCAGCAGAAAUUAGGGGAGGGGAUUAAAUAUUUGUGUCGAUAACUUUGAGAAAAAGGUAAGUCUUCCACCUACUACUCUAAAGCUCUUCCACAUAUUUUGAAUUGCCAGUGAAUCAGAACUGUGUAUGCACUUUGGAAGUCAGUGUUUUUCUGUGGGAUAAUUUAAAUUUUUGAUGAAAAAGCUCAAUGUAUUUUUACAUCACAGCAGUGUUAGUACUGAUGAUAAAAAUGAAUGAUUGUACUGUUAAGUAUAUUUUGUGUAAGUUACAUUGCAAACCGCCCAGUGAUUACGCCAAAUCUUUCAAUUUCAAGUACAAAAUUGUGGGUUAAUGUAAAUUAACAUACAUACAAUAAUAUUUUUGCUUAAGGAAAUAAAAUAAUGUAUUUUUAUUUUACUGCAAAAAGUAUAAAUUACUUUAUUUUUGAGCUUUCAUUGCAUCCCUAAUGUUUACUUUGACCUUUGCCAAAACCGUCUUGUACUCUUUUUGUAUAAAAUUCUAACUUUGCAUAAAUGUGUGAGUUUGAGGCAUGAAUAGGUGUUAAAACCGUUCUGAAUUCCUAUAUUUUUGUACUAUAUAUUGAAAUUUCAUAUAGAACUGAAUUUAUCAAAUCUGUCAUUUUCCUUUGGGUUACUUUUCUUUUAGCUUUGUUUUAAAUUGAGACAUUGUGAUCACAGGACUUCCACAAUUGUUUAUCAGUGAAAAUUAAAGUUUGAUUUAUAAAGUA